UUCCUGUAAUCGGCCCAGUACGAGAAGGAAAUGGUUGAUAUGACUGUACUUCCUGUUUCUUUACACGGCACUUCCGCCUUGAAUCGCGAGCUAAGCUAACGCUCGAUUAUUUUUUUGUUUUUUUAACUCGUUAUUAGUCGCGUCUCAAGUUCUCCAAUCACGAUAUGGCUGCCAAAAACAUCUGCGCUGGCUGUAAUUGAGUUUAACAUUAUGAAAACGAUUGAAUGAUUAAAUGAUUAAAAAUAACGACACUAAUCCAGGCACCGCCGCAGCUAAAAACAAAGCUGCUAGCGUAAACUGCGUGUGACUGCUAGCUUUAAGCUAGGCUAAAGCUAGCCUAGCAUUAGCCCAGCGCCGUCCAUGCGUGUGCGAGGGGCGGCGAUGAGAUGCGAACGGAGCCCGCGGCUGCAGGCGAAGCAGCUGGAAAGAUUCAUAUUAAUAAUGCACUUCAUUUUAUUCAUGCUGCUCGUUUGUCCCGGUGAGGCGUGUGCUGCCACCGAGGAGGCGGCCACCGGCACCAGCACCGACGCCGUGCUGCUGUGCAGGGCGUGCGGACACGAGCUGGCGGUCGGCGCGGACAUCCGCUCCGUGCCCAGCCGCCGGGCUCUGUCCGGCCGCAACGACACGCUGGUCGGCGGCCGCAGGGUCGACGUGCAGCUCUUCCAGAACCCGCACGGACACCGGUUCGAGGUGAUCACGUUCAGGCAGGCGGACGUCCGCCUGCACUGGCCCGCGGACCAACACUUCUCCUGGUUUCCGGGGUUCUCUUGGACGGUGGCCACCUGUCCCCGGUGCGCGACUCACCUGGGUUGGGCCUUCCAGCCCAGCGUCUGGCCCGACACCGUCACCAAAUCCACAUUUGACGAGUCUGAUCAAACCUUCCUGGCUUUAAUCGCUCAUCGACUUUUAACAGAAGACUUCGCUUCGAGUCUUCUAAUGACUCCGAAAUCCUUCACGAGCUGAUGGGACUUUAGACCGUACAGUUAACCUCCAGGUGCCUUUUGUGCUAUACCCCCCCCCCCCAGAAUAAUUUUUUUUAUGCACCCACUUGGUUUUGACGACUCCCACACAUGUAUACACAGUUAAGUUUUAUUAUUGUAACAAAGCAAGUUGUACACCUCAAAUUUAAAACAGUUUCUUUUCCCCCCAGCGGAAAAGGAAAAAGGGUGAUUAGAUGUAAAUUCUGUGAGUUAACAGGUGUCUUCUUUUUUUUAUUUAAUUUUUUUUAAACCCAUGAAGCAGUAGUGGGGGCCAAAAUUUACAAGCUUGUUUUUUUUUCCAUUUUGUUCUUUAUUAAAAAUGUCAUUUCAAA